UUCGAGGCCCGAGUACGCCGGUUAUUCGACAAUCGCCGACGACGCGGUCUACUCGGCUCAGCCGGACACGAGGGCCGACGUGGCGAAGACGACGAUGACGACGACGAUGACGAUGGCCUCAACGACGACGACAACGAGUCGAGAGGACAGUGGAUCGGAGGAGUCGAGCGCUGGGCUCGAGUCCCGAUCGGAGCGUCGGAGGCGGAGCUGGACCUGUGGCGUCAUGCGGCCCGACUGUCGGGGCCCGAGUCGCCGGACGGUAUGGCCGAGCCUGGCAGACGAACAAUGCUUCGGCCGCCCCGUGGAACUGGCGGUCGCGAGGCAGCACGACGACUCCGACCGAGAGGCAGUCAUGGCGCCCAUGCUGCCCGCCUCGGAGACAGGGUGAGAGAGAUGCGCUCGACCAGUCGGUGGCAUUUGCCAACUCCUGCCAGUACUGGACGUCUUUUUGGGGGCAUCACGACAGACUGGAACACGUAG